GGGAAAUUUAAUUAACGCUUCGUGAUUUUUCAGGAGCUUCGAAUAACAUUUUAACUGAUAAAGGGAAUUUUCAGUCGUAAAGAUAGUAAAUUGCGACAGUCAAAAAAGGAGAUCCUUAAUCCAAUCAAAUAAAACCAUAAACUUGUUGAAGCGCAUAGAAAACUUCCUACGAGAAGAGUUGUAAGAGCCCAUAAAGGAUAAAUUUAUAUUUUUAGAGACUGUUCAGUUACUGCUACCAGAUAGUUUAUCUUAAAACUCUACAGAUACAUAAAAGGGUUCUGGAAACUUUGGUCUCCAGACUUUCACACAAGAGUUUAUAAAAAUUCCAAUAUUAGCGCGAUAGACGCGAUCAGUUGCGGGGGUGUCUGUCCUUCGCCUCAAGUAAAGGAACAACCAACCGGCACCCUGUCGUUCGCAAGUUUCAAAAGUAGUUUCACAACCAAUGUCAACUUCUUGAAACGAAGUGAACAGCUUUCAAAGCUUACGAGCAGAUUUAGCUCGGGCGAUUUAAGUACCGAGUGUGAUGAUGUAGAGCAAGGUAGUGAGGGACCGGCUGCUGGGGCUCAACGUACGAUUCCACCACCAUUACAACAGCAGCCAAUGCCGGGUGGUCCGCCCAAUAUUCCGCCGCCACCAGCACCUGGUUCAGCUGGUCCAACAUCGAGCGGUGAUUUAUCAUUGAGCUUCGGAAAGGGGCCAGCAAGAGGAACUUCAGCGCCGUCGAGUCCGGCGAAGUCACGUGAAAGCUUGCUGCAACGAGUUCAGAGUUUGACUGGUGCAGCACGUGAACAAGGUUCAAACUUAAUUGGAGCUGCUGCAUCGACAGUUUCAAGAGUUCAAGCUUUCAACAAAGAUCGUUGCUUUACUCUGCUAGUAAUUGACGAUCAAAACACUGAUUGGUCGAAAUAUUUCCGUGGAAAGAGAUUACAUGGUGAUUACGACAUUCGUGUUGAGCAAGCUGAAUUCAGUGAAAUUUCUGUUGUUGCUAGUGGUGACACUGGUGCGACAGUUUCCAUAGUCAGCUAUCGUAGUGGAUCAAAGUCGUCACGUUCAUUCCGACCCGACUUUGUUCUCGUUCGACAAGCGCCACGUGAUGGCGUUAAAGAUUAUCGCUCAACAUUGCUGGGAUUCAAGUUUGGUGGAGUUCCCUCGAUUAAUUCGUUGAACAGCCUUCUUCAGUUUCAAGAUCGACCAAAUGUUUUUGCAGCUCUGCUUCAGUUACAGCGACGUCUUGGCAAAGACCAAUUCCCGCUAAUUGAACAACACUUUUUCCCAAGUCCCACAGAAAUGGUGAGUUUAAUUAAAAACACUCCUUUGUGUGCUCAGUUUACUUAA